AGUUGUUUUUGCGUGGAGGCCGUGGCUACGACGUAUGCUCUUUGCUGUGGACAAACUAUGAGACGAAGAUGUGGUUCAAGUUUUAUUUCAGACGACUCGUACUCGCCUCACUAUGCGUUGCGGUCACGCCGUCGUCCGUUCUGUGGAACGUGGAGAUACCCCGCCCACCUCCCAAAUCUGUCUUCGGAUUUGACUCCUCCUCCGGCUUUCGGUCAGAACACUGCAACAAGGUUGCCUCCAGAAACCAAAUCUUCGCCAAACUGACGGGCAACAUUUCCCUCCUGAUUUCUGCGACUCAACAAGGCGUCCGAGAAAGCUCCAAGUUCCUGCAGAAAUAUGGUUUUCAAGACUCCAAGUACGAAAACAUUACCUGGCCCCGCCUGAGGCGCAGACCCAACGCUCGCGUUUUCGAAACCGUCGCCUACGCGUCGCAGUUUGCGACCGAGUACAUCGCACGAAGGCUCCGACUGCAAGCGGUGGAGGUCGGUCUAGGCGUGUCCUGCGUGGACGUCAAGGACACUGCCCUCGGCCGGAUCUGUCCUCCCGACCUGGCCCGGUCCGACCACGUCUGCCCCCGCAGAGCUCUGCAUCUCAGGUCCGCCGAUGGCAACUGCAACAACUUCGAGAGGCCCUCCUCCGGGACCGCGUUCUCUUCGUUUGUGAGGCUUUUACCUGCAAGGUAUGCAGAUGGAAUAUCCCGAGUGAGGACGUCGACGGAGGGAUCGCCGCUUCCCAGCCCCCGCCUUAUCAGCCAGUCCCUGACCCUCGACCUGAACGAUCCUCAUCCACGAGCCACACUGAUGCUGAUGCAAUGGGGUCAGUUCCUGGACCACGACCUGUCCUUGGCUACCCUGUCGGUAUCGCAGAGCGGUUUCCCUCCCAAGUGCUGCCGUCCCUUGAUGUCCUUCGAGGACGUCCAUCCUGCCUGUCUAGCCAUCGGGGUGUCCUGGAGGGACAAGUUCUACAAGAAGUUCGACACCACGUGUAUGGAGUUCAGCCGAUCGGCGCCGGCCGCCAAGCCAGGAUGCAGGUUGGGUCCACGGGAUCACAUUAAUCAGAUAACGUCCUUCAUCGACGCGUCAACUGUGUACGGUUCGACGCCAGAGGAAACACAAAUGCUUCGAUCUUUUCAGAAGGGAAUGUUGCGCAGUUCUGAAGUAAAAGGCUUCAAGCCAUUGUUGCCUCCCGGGACCGACGCUGAGAUCCUCGAAUGUCAAGAAAGAGGACGGAACUCCAAGUGCUUCUUGGCCGGCGAUUCGAGGGUGAACGAACAGCCUGGUCUGACAGCUCUGCACACCAUCUGGAUGCGUGAGCACAACAGAAUCGCCUCCAAGUUGGCCUCAUUAAAUCCUUCCUGGGAUGACGAGAAACUUUUCCAGGAAAGCCGUAGAAUCGUCGGAGCCGAGGUUCAGCACAUCAGCUUUGGCGAGUUUCUGCCCGCGGUCCUCGGGGAGUCCGUGGCGCAGAUCUUCGGCCUCAAGCUGGCCUCGUCCGGCUACUACCGAGGCUACGACCCCGCGGAGAGUUCGGACAUCUCGAACGUAUUUGCGGCGGCUGCGUUCCGGUUCGGCCACAGCAUGGUCCCGCGGUCCUUCCACCGGUACGACAAGAACCACAGGCUUUUGCUUAACGACACGCCGCUCCACUCGGAGUUCUUCAACCCGACGGAACUCUUCAAGCCCGGCGGCGUCGACCGGCUGGUCCUAGGGCUCGUGAACCAGGCAGCCCAAAGCGUGGACGAGCACAUGACCUCGGAAGUGACCAACAGGCUCUUCCAGCCUCAGGGUCGGGAUUUCGGACUCGAUCUCAUGGCCCUCAACGUCCAGAGGGCCAGGGACCACGGCAUCCCGGAGUACCUGGCCUGGAGGAGGUACUGCGGACUGCAGGAGGUCCGGUCCUUCGAAGAACUCGCCCAGUUCACGGGUCCCGGUACAGCGGAGAUGCUGAAGCAAAUUUAUUUGUCCAUCGACGACGUGGAUCUCUUCCCAGCGGCACUCGCCGAGAAGCCAGUGCUGGGCGGCGUGGUUGGACCCACUUUCGCCUGCCUGAUUGCCGAACAAUUCGUACGUCUUCGAAACGGAGAUCGCUUCUGGUACGAAAACGGUGGCUUGGCGUCCUCGUUCAGACCCGACCAACUUCGCGAACUUCGCAAGGUUUCACUGUCCCGUGUGCUCUGUGACAACUUGGACGAUGUCGACACGCUCCAAGUCAGUGCGAUGGAGCAGAGCGACCAAAGAAAAAAUCGGCGACGGCCGUGCUCAAGGAUUCCCGAAGUCGACCUCUCUUACUGGAAGUAUUAAUAUAUUUGAACCAAUAAAUUAUUCUGACUCACGGGCA